CAGCAUAAGAUCUUUCGAAGAGAUUGGAAGGAGGGGAAGACCCAGGAAGUUGCAGUCAGCUUUUUCAGCUCUAACCCAAACGCAUUAAGUUUGCCUCGAACUGCUUAAGGAAGACAGAAGAUCAGUAUGAAGAUUAAGAACAGGGCAUAGAAAUAGUUUAAGAGAAGUCAAGGCAGAUAUCAGGAAAAGUAUUUGAAAAAAAAGAAGACAAAUAAUUGAAGGAACCAACCUACUGCUGUGUGAAAGACUACAAAAAUAACAGUGGGAAAGGAGGAAUAAAAUUCUGAGAUACUAAGAAAGCAACUAAGACACAGGAGAUCCAGCUGUGGGGAAGAGUGCUCUAGCCCAGAUGUUCCGCAAUGAUGGGGCUCAUUUUCAGAAGAACUACACACUGACAACGGGCAUAGAACUGUUGGUGAAGGCUGUAUCGGUUCCAGAGACAAGUGAUAGUGUGGAAUUCUUCAUUUUUGACUCUGCAGGAAAAGAUCUAUUUUCUGAAAUGCUAGAGAAACUGUGGGAGCAACCCAACGUCCUGUGCCUUGUGUAUGAUGUCACUAAUGAGCAAUCUUUCAACAACUGUGCCAAGUGGUUGGACAAGCUGAGGGCUCACGCAGUUGGAAUGCACAUCCCAGGUGUCUUAGUGGGGAAUAAAACAGACCUAGUUGGUCGUCGAGUUGUGGAGCAGAAACAAGCACAGGAGUGGGCUGAGAAACAUGGCCUGGAAUACUGUGAGAUGUCAGUGAAGGAGAUGAAAAAUUUUGAGGCCCCUUUCCACAUCCUGGCAAAGUCAUUCCAGCAACUGUACAAAGAGAAAGUGGAAACUUUUCACUCACUAGCUUGAGGGCUGUGACUGGCAUGAGUUAUUUAUCUUCUAAGCUUCUUCAGGUGCCCAGAAUCCUGCAGGAUGGAAUACAGUGAGAAGAAAAAAGAUGAGCUAUUUACUUCUUCAUGGUCAUCUUCUGAUAAUUCAAAAUUAACUAGAAAUAAGCAAGUGGAAAGACUCUUCUGAAGUUGCUACCUCAGCAUUCCUUUCAUGUCCUCUAACUUGGUUCUCUGCUCACUGGAAGUCUGCUAGGUUGGAGGAGGCAGGGAGUAAAAGGGGUGGGCAGAAUGGAAACUGCCAGCUUUUUGCUUUGAUAUUGUCUUGUCUCUUGUCUGAGCAGACUUCCUGCUGCUACAAGCAAGUACUUAGAGGUUUGGAGAAGGUGAGAGGAAGCUGACAGAAUGUUUUUCAACUUAAGCAACCCAACCUUGAUACAUAUGUUGCAGGGCAGGACCGAUUUGGCCUUGCUGCUAGAAAAGCAUUUUCUGUAGGAGGCCUGUGCCCAAAAAUCAACGUGUGGAGACUCAGUUGUGCAAGGACCAAGCUGGAUUUAGGUGUGUUUCUAGGAGUGUCCAGAGUUUUAGACCUUUUUUAACAGUGUUACCCUUAUCAGUUGUAGGACUGAUAUGCUGAUGACUAAUACAUGUUUCUGACUUCUAGAAUCUGGUUCUUUUCUUCAAUGUGGCUCACUUUCACUGCCCGGUGGGAACUGUCUGGCGACUGUACUGUUGUCACUUGGUAAUGCAGUGCCCUCUGCUGGUCCCAGGUCACAAGAUUUCUCAAGAAGCUACCUCUUGAAGCAAGCAGGACUUCCUACAGGCACAUCCAAAUUGGCUUAUCUGCAAAAUGGGGUCAGAUAGUAAGAUACCUCUCUUAUUCUAAACAUGAGUCCAAAUUUUAAAACAAAUUAUCUUUCCUUCUUCGUGUCUUUGUCAUCUUAGGUGGUUUUAUGUCAAUUUUCUUUUUGUCAGCUGAACUUGGCAAUACUAUGUUCUCAUUAGGUUCAAUUCUCAGUCCCUUACUAGAAUCAGAGUCCUCCUUCUUGUUAAACUUUCCCUGUUUGUCCUUGCAUUUCAUAUUGAAGACCACAAUUCUGAUGUUGCUAGUGGAAACAGGACUAAGGAAAUAAAAGACAGCUUGGCUAAGUUACUCUGACUCAGCUGUGUCUGGCUAGAAGUUUCAUAUCAGAAAGGGUAAAAGCCUAGAGAGAACUGCUCUUUUGUGUGGAGUACUGAUGCUGCAUGUGUAAGAGUCUAUCUGCUAAUGCAUUAUGUGAAAGCAUCCACGGUAAGGUACUGCCUUGUUACUGAGUGCAACACCAAGAAGUUCAAAACUGUAACCUUUCUCUUCUCCCAGAUUUUGUUAACCUCCUUUGGGCAGGGAAAGCUGAAUUUUUUGGAGUGUAAGCACUGAGUGAUUUUUCAGGCAGGCUUUUCAAGAAUCUGUGUUUCAAGACUUUUAUAUGUGUGUUUUAUAACCAUUUUUAUGCCCAAUGCUAGGAAAAGUGCAUCGGAUUGAACGUAAGAAAUAUGGCUGCAGAUGUUGUAGCAGAUUUUAUGAAGCACUUCAAGAAUCUGGAGAAGCAGCUGGGCUCAUUUCACUGGCAACAGUGUGUUGAUAGGGAAUUAGCCAGGGAGCAUGAACAGAAGCUAAAGAGGUUAAGUAGGAGCUCAGCCCACAAGAAAAGCAAAGCAAUAGGUUCUUUUGCUAGAAGCCACCUCAAAAAAAUGACAGAAGAACUGGGAAGGCUCUUGCUUCCUCCAGAGAAGGAAGGACUCCUCUGUGGGCUUAGGGUAACUAGAAAACUCACUCUUUUGAACUGGAUUAGCAUUACUGGCAUUUGUGUCUUUACAAGGGUUGUCUUGUUAAUCCUGGCAAGUGUCUAUUGAUUCACAGGGGCUGGGUAGAGUUCUUGCCUGCAGGUGCUAGUACCUCUGACUAUGAAGAAUAAAAGUUAUUUUGGAUGCUGUGCUGAUCUAGUUAAAGAACUAAAGAAGGUUUGUUUUGAUUUGGUAGCUCAUUUCCCCAUAGUUCUAUUCAUGAUGUGAUUCCAACACAAGACAGAUAUUUUUUCAUAUUGAAAAUAGCAUGCCAGGUGUGUAUGCCACCUGUGAUGUAUAUAGAGGGGAUGUACGCCUCGGGAAUGGGCAAUAAAAUGAAUUCUGUGCAAUCUUUAACCAGGGAGUUCAAUCUCUGCACCAGAAGGACCUCACCUUCAAAUAAACAGUUUAAAUGCACCAGUAAGAUGAAGACUGGUGAACACUUUUUUAUUAAAUGAAUGCAAAAGCUGGAGGAUCUCAUUAAGGGAAUGCUUGCAGUGGUGAUCUGUGAUUUAUGGGGAAGCUGCUUUUGAGAGGUUAGUGAAGAAAAAUGCAUCCCAUGCAGGGAAAGAUAUAUUGCCUGAGAGAGGAAAUGUAUGAUCUAAUUAGCUAGCAGUAGGGAUUCACCCACUGCCCCUUUCCCUCUUUCCACAGGCCAUGACUAGAAUUAGAAAAGAGGUUGUGUCUAAAGCAUGUUGUCCAAUUUGCUUUUUAGAGGACUAUUUCAAGCACUAAUGUAGACACAAUUUAAUGUCCUUCAAAAUGGUAUGUUUGACAAUAACCAUCUCAGUCCUUCUGAAUGUGUUUUAAAAGCACACUGUAUUGUCCUUACUGGCUAAUGUGCUAUAUAGUACCAGAAUGAGGCAGGUGAUGCUUGUUGCCAUUUUCCUAGCUUAUUUGUGACCUUGGUGGUAGAGGCUAGUAGUGAAGAGUAGAUAGAGAACAUGGGAGCCAGAUAAGGGAAGGUUGUGGAAAAUAGUUUUGUGUAUGUGUGAAUGAGUUUAGGGUGGUGAGUAGGUGAGCUGGACAAGCAGGAUGAGUAAGAAUCUGAAGCCAUUAUUGUUUCUCUUACUGUGUUCAGUAACUGUUGUGGUCACAGCUGUAGGGUGAGGAUGCAUGUUUGCUGCUUACAGCCUUAGCAUUACUCUGAAUUACAGACACUGUGGAGAACAGUGGGAGGAAGGCAGAAAGCCUGUCUGCUGACCGGGAAGCUUGUUGUCUUCUGACAGCUCCCUUACUUUGUCCAGCUGUGCAGUGCUGCAGGUGCUCAGCAUGGGUGUUUACAACCCAGAAGAGACCCAGCUCAACCAGAACUGAAAUUUCAAAAGAAGGGGGAGGAAACAAACGGGCCUUUAACUGUUUUUAAAAUAUACAUGGUCCUUCUUUUUCCUGUUUGCUUGUUUGAUGAGACAAAAACAUUCUUUCCUCCUUGGGAGUCCCUCCUUCUUACCUUUCCUUUGGUCCUCAUGGUUCUACUGCACAGAAUCCCUGUUAUACUUGUGCCCUGCUUUACUUAGCUUGAUACAUCACCAGCUGAUUUUUUUUAUCCUUCUAAUUUCUGCAUUAUCUAUUCCCAAGGCUGCAAGACAUUUCUUCUUAGAGAGAUUAAUAGAUGAAAGAAAACAAAAGUGGAAUUUUUAGUCAAAUUGUCUUGGAAGAAAGAACCUUAAGAACAGUUUCUGACAUUCACAAAUUUUACUGGAAAUUUGUUUGUGUAAAGUUGUCAUAUUAAAGAUGCUUUAAUGGUUUUGUUUUGUCUUGCCAGACAUAUUCUACUGCAGAGUGAAAUGCAGAAUGUAAAAUUCCAGAAAGAUCAGGUUUUAUUGUGGGAGUUAAUAGUUUCAAAGGUGAUCAUACUGUGAUAAGAUCUGCUAACAAUGAUAAGUCUUAAUAAUGGAGUGGUCACUGCUGUUCAUAAUAAAGCAUUAAAUAUACUGAAAUGGGGCUGUCAGAACAGUUUCUUCUGGAGAUUUGUUCAUUUUAGAGAAUUAAAACUUAAGAAAGGACAUCUUUCAGAAAACUGAUCUGAUACAUGACACCAUUUGGACCAGGGUUAUUUCUAAUAUAAUUUCAGUGACUUAAAGGGCCGGAUUUAGUCUUCUAUGCCAACUGGCUCCCCUGGGUAAGCUUCAUUUCUUUACCCACUAUACAUCUUGGACCAAUCUGACCUGAUAGCAAAAGACACAUGAUGUUGUUGAAAAUGAAAUACUGCCCUGGGGCAGAAGGAUAAACUGUGUGGCAUCCUGAGGUCCUCCCAGCAAUACUUUCUAUAAUUCUAUUAGAUUAAGUGGGGAAAGAAGUAGCGUGGAAAGCACAAAACAGGCUAAGUCAUAAACUAGCAAUUAAACUGGGAGCUGGGCUGGGCUACAGCAGAAAACGUACAAUCUAUCCCAAUUAAGAGCUGUAUCUCAAGAGAAACCAGGAGCCUGACGCAGGUGCUGACAGCAGGGAAAACACUGCAUUUCUGUUCUGGAGGCAGCAACUGCUUUCUACUGGUGCUUACACAGAUCCACGGGGGUCCAUACCCUGGUCGACACUGUGCUCUGCUUGUAAUAACUACUGUAUCUAUGAUGUUCAGGUGGCAGCUGCUUGCGGUUGUUGUCUCAUCUGCCUGUAUAAAGCCAGCAGUGUGAUGGCAGAUUAUCUGCUAGUAGCAGGACGUUCCUGUUCUUGACACCUGCAUGAUGGGACUCCUCUCUCCCCAUGCCUUCUCAGUCCUUCUUUUCCUAUCUCAUAUCCACUUCUUGAUGGAGAAUAUCCACCUCUGCUUGUUCUAAGCAAGUAAUUUUUCCAUCUUGCAGACGGUACUCCAUGGAAGCUGUGGCUAAGGGACUUCUAGGACCUUCUGCAGCAGAGGUGGAGUCUGAACAGGAUCUCUUCAAGGGCCACAUUGGGCCCUGCAAUGUCUCUCUUUGCCUAAGGGCACAUCAUCUCUCUGCUUCUCGCAUCCUAUUUCCUCCUCCUGCUGUCAUCUUGCCUUGAGAACAAUGUCUUCUGUGCCAGUUGCCCUUCGCUUUGUUGACCCGGAACAGCAAUGCUUGGGGGAGGGAGAAAGAAGAGCGCUACACAAUCUCAAGUCUUUUCAGGGCUCUUUAGCUGUUGUGACUCCCUGUCGAAGCCACCUGAGAGACGGGGAUGUUGCUCAGUCUAGAGCACAAUUUCCUGGCAGGAGACCCCCCGCUGAGACCUGGCAGCCUCGUCUUGGCUCCUCAGAGCUUGCCGCAGUGUAACUUUCACAGACACUGGCUGUUCUUAUUCUGACUUGGAGUUGUUAUUUUUUGUUUUGUUUUGUUUUACUCCUUGGGGGUCUUUCUCUCAUUCUUCUGUCACAGCUUCACAUAUUUCCUCCCCUGGAGCUGUUUGUCAAGAGAAGCCUGGAAUUGUUCUCUUUCUUGGUCUCUGAGAUCAAAUCCAAAUCUGGCAAUGUUUAAAAGGGAAAUGUGACAGACCCUACAUGUCAGGCUGGGGUCAGGGCUGGGGUCAGUUUGAUGAGUUUCCCUCCAGCCAGAUAUGCAUCAAUUGGAGAAAUGUGGAGCCUGUAAUCUUUCUGCACAAGUACUGGAAAAAUAUGCGAUAUGAGGGCUUCAUGUUAGGGACAGUGAGCAGAAAGGUACAAAGGCAGAAAUGGUUGGCUGCUGUGUCCCAAAUGGGACACGCAGGAGCAGUAGGGGAAUAGGAAUAUGUAGGAAAAGAGUGGGGUCUACACCUCUUCAGGAAGAGCCCAAAGGAUUUGCUGAGGCAGAGUGGGAGGGUGGGAAUUAGGGGUGGGAAGACCUAAGGCUUUUCCUGGCUUGUAGAAUGAUGUAUGGAAAUAAAGUGGGAGGACGAGUAAUUUUUGCAUGAGCCAUUGAGGGAAAAUGAGGAUAGGGUAGAGCUGGAUGACACUGCAGGUGGGAGGGCAGGUGGUAAGAAUAAAUAACUGAACCGAGAUCUUCAGGGCCAAGAUGUCGGGCCAAGGUCGGUUUGGGGAGUUCAGAGCCAUGAUGAGUAAGGUCAGUGGUAGCCAUUGGGUUAGGUUCAAGACAUAGGGCUUGCAUUAGAACAAGGCAGAAUGAAUUGAAGUCUGCAUGACAGGGUUGACACUGGGAUUUGAUAGGGCAACUACGAGAAUCCAGAAUGAUAAGCCUAGGAGUAGUGUGGAGAGAUAAUAACAGCAAGCUGUGAUGCUGUGAGGAGCAGUGGCUGGAGCAGGUGAGACCAGAAAAAGAUGGAGUAGGUAAGCUAAGGACACUACCAGUGGAAGAGUGUGAAGAGGUGUUGGAAAUUCAGAUCAAGUACAGUUCGUCCGAGGGGAUUUCUGAGUGGAGGGAAAUAGACGCCUACAGUUGUUACCCACAUGUAUUUGUAUCAUUUAAAACACAAAUUAGUUCCAGCACUAUCUCUGUUUUCUUUUGCCAGAAAGUGGGGUGAUCUAUUUGCUUAAAACUCUUUUUUUUUUUUUUUCCUUUGGUGAGGGGAGGGGGCAAUGCAUAAAUUUAUGCCUAAUUGUGCUGCAGCAUCCCGAGUAUAUUAUGUUCAUCUAUGCAGGGAAUGGACACAGAACCUGCACCUCACCUGACCAAGCAGAAGUGCCCUCUACAAUUUGAGCAUUAACAUCUCACAACAAAAACUUCACAAUCAGUUCAUACAGCAGAAGGUCUCCUCAGGGUAUCAGUAUUUAACCUCAAAAAACAGAAAAACACUAUUGUGUGAGGUCAUUGUAAAACAGAUAGAAAUCACUCUGUUCAUGAAUAAAAUUACCUACAAUAAAAAAUGCUUUUCGCUGUGCA